AUGUCUUACUAUACUCUUGCAGAGGGCUGCCCCUACGCCAGAAAUGACACCAGCGUCCAAGUUCGGAAUGGCUCCGGUGGGGGUCUGGUUUUACUACAAGACACCCAGCUAAUUGAGACAUUGGCCCAUUUCUCUCGCGAGAGAAUUCCAGAGAGAGUCGUACACGCCAAAGCUGCAGGGGCAUAUGGUGUAUUUGAAUGCACCCACGACUGCACCGAUAUCACAUCAGCUAGUUUUCUGAACACAGUCGGAAAAAAGACAGAGGUUCUCUGGCGUGUGUCUACCGUGGGUCCUGAAAGUGGUUCUGCAGACACCACUCGUGAUGUUCAUGGUUGGGCUAUGAAGCUGUACACGGACCAGGGAAAUUUGGAUUGGGUUUUCAACAAUACGCCCGUGUUCUUUGUCAGAGACCCGAUCAAGUUCCCAUCCUUGAAUCGGUCCCACAAAAGGAACCCUCGGACUCACAGGCCAGAUGCAAAUAUGUUCUGGGAUUUCCACGUUGGGAACCCAGAAGGAAUCCAUGAACUCAUGCACUUGUUUAGUGACCGUGGGACACCAGCCUCACUGCGCCAUAUGAAUGCCUACAGUGGACAUACGUACAAGUUUACAAAAGAGGAUGGAUCUUUCAAGUACAUCAAGGUCCACAUCAAAUCCCAACUCGGCGUGAAAAACAUGAGUGCAGACGAAUCCACUCGCAUUGCUGGGGAGAACCCGGACUUCUUGCUCCAGGACGUAUUCGACGCAAUUGAACAAGGAAAUUACCCUGUUUGGAAUGUCUAUGUUCAAGUCAUGGAUCCCAAAGAGGCCGAAACCUACAAGUGGAAUAUUUUUGACAUGACCAAAGUCUGGCCUCAUCAGGACUUUCCACUUAGACAGAUUGGAAAGUUGACUCUAAACCGUAAUCCCCAAAAUUACUUCACCGAUAUUGAGCAGGCAUCAUUUUCUCCAUCAACCAUGGUUCCAGGAUGGGCUCCAUCUGCUGAUCCUAUGCUCCAGGCUCGGAUGUUCGCCUAUCCCGAUGCUGCCCGUUACCGUCUGGGCACAAACUACCAGAUGCUCCCCACGAACAAAGCGCGGGCGCCUGUCUAUUGCCCCUUCCAGCGAGACGGUUUUAUGAAUUUCUCCACCAACUACGGCGAGGACCCCAACUAUGUAGGUUCGUCCCUGCGACCAACUACAUUCGCCGUGAGUGCUACGGGAAAGCCGCUUGGAAGCACUAUUACCGAGCACGAAAAGUGGGUUGGAGAGAUCAGUAGUUUUACCAGCACGGUUCACCAGGACGACUUUGAGCAGGCAAGGGGCCUGUGGAAGGUUCUUGGGCGGGAGCCUGGCCAUCAAGACCGGUAUAUCUCGAAUGUGUCGGGCAAUAUCAAGAAUGUGACCAGCAAGGAGCUCCGGGAGAAGGUAUACUAUCUUUAUCACUGUGUCGAUCCUCAGUUGGGUCAGCGCAUCAAAACGGCCACAGAAGCACAAAUCGCAUGA